AUGGAUGAAUUAAAUAAAUCAAACAGGGUUAAAUAUGUCAGGCGUAGUAGCUCGAAAAACUCGAAAAUAUGUGCAUUCGAAAAACUGGCAGAGUCAAUUACUCCUAAUCCUAAUGAUGCACUUGAAGAUGAUCUUAUAUCUAUUGAUGUCCAACCAGCUACGAUUGUCAAAGAUAUUAGUAUAAUAGCUUAUUCUCCUGGAAAAAAAUUUAUUGCUGGUUGGUGUAAAGAUGAUGGAAUUUUAGCCGUUUGGUCUCUGGUAACUAAUGAUAGUAGUGAUAAUGAUUUUAAUUUAAUGCUCGCCGUAAAAACCAGGUUCGAUCAAUCAGACAUUCAAGAUUCAAAAAUUUAUCUAUCAAUUUCUGAGGAUGGAUAUUAUGUUGCUAUUUCAAGAUUGAAAAUUAUUUCUGUUGAAGAAGAAUCACCAGAUAUGGAUCCUGCUAUACAUUUUGGUUUAAUGGCGCCAGACAAUGUAAAAUCAUUUACCACACCAAUAACAUCUUUUGCUGUUUAUUCUUCGAAUUUUGAACUUCCUCAUAUAUUUUCUGGAUUAAAAGAUCUGGAAAUAUUAGGUCCUUUGUUAUUUAUUCAUGAUUCAAAAUUUGUUUUCUUUACCAGAGAUAAUUUAUACAUAUGCACUACAAAAUUUGGAACUCCUAUUUGUAAAGUUUACUUGGGUGAAUUGAUCAAAUCCGUUCCUGGAUAUAGUCAUGAAAAUAAUUUAUUUUUAAUAGACUGCUAUGAUAUUCUUUCAAUUAGUUUAAAAACUAGCUCAGGUUACAUGCUUUGGCCAGAAAAUAAUGGUUUAAGUAUUUGGAAUUUGGAUGGAGUUUUAAAGCAAUGGUUUUAUGUAGAUACCAAACACUCUUCACCUAAAGAUUGUCUUUACGCCAUCUCUGAAUCUGGAGAAUUGAUAGCAAGAUUCUCUCAUAAGCCUGGAAUGGUAAACACAGUGAUAUUUCAUACACCAUCAGGCUUAAGAACAGAAAUAAACACUCCAAAUACAGUAUUCUUUAUCGCAUUUUUGAGCAAACAUGAUCAAAUUGUUGUUUGUUCAACGGAUAGUGGUAAUGUUAGAGUUCAAUUAUGGGAUUGUUGGAGUGGAAUAUUGAUUAAAGAAGAAAAUCAUCCGAACCUUGACAUGGAUUUACCUCUCCUUUUUCUCGAUGAUCAAUUUAUCCAUACGAUUGGAAAUAAAGUUGUCAAAUAUCCUUUAUUUCCCAAUAAUAAUUUUAAAGAUGAUCAAAUGAGCACUGAAGAAUUAUUACUUGGAAAAGAACAACUCCUUCCAAACAAAAAGUUAAAAUUAGUUUCAUCGAUCGAACCAAAUUUCGCCGGAAACUCUAUAUGUUCGAUUUGUAUUCAUAAAAAAGAAAAAACGAUUUGUAAAUUUAAAUUUGAACCUUGGAGGAAGUGGGAGACAGCCGAUCUAUUUAUGAAAUGGUUAGAUAAAGAUGGACAUCGAAUUUUAUUGGCAGGACAUAAUAGUAUUCAGAUAUACAAAACGAAACCAAAAGAUUUAUCAUAUGACUCGCAUUGGGAUAUUUAUGCUCAAUUAAAGAAAUUAAUCCUACAUUCAAUAGAUAAAUUUCCUUCGUCAUUUAACAAAAUAUCUUUAGGUGACGAUCAAUACAUAUAUCCUAUGGAAGAAUUUAUAUUGUUUAAAUGGGAUAACAUAGUUGAUGAAAUUUUAAAAAAAGAUCAUUAUAUUCCAUUAUUUCAUAAUGAAGAACGAACUGAAAGUGCUUUAGCUUUGUUGAUUAAGUUUCGAAAAUCUGAACUUAUUGAUCACUUGAUUUCUUAUAUUAUACGUCACGUACAUGAUCGUAAUAUGCCAUCACAUAGUAAAUCAAAACCGUCAUCAAAUACUUUGAAAAUUCAGCAGCUCGGAUUUGCAUGGACGGUCAGUGCAAUAUUAUUGGAUUUAUAUCAAUAUUAUCCAGAUAAAUGUAUUAAAAUAAUGAAAGAAUGGAGUUAUUUUACAACUUCAUUGGAGACUCCCACUCGAACUUUACAAACUGAUUUAGGAGACCCAUCAAAAAUCGAGGAAAGAAGUUUUCAACAAGGAUUGAAAGCUGUCUCUCAAAAUUUGCAUCUACCAAAAGAACCAAUUCGUCAAUCAAUGUUAAACCGAAUAAUUUCCAAAUUUUCAUUUGGUAACAAGCAUUCCACAAACUCUAACGUUGCACAGACAACUUCUUAUCCAGCAAGACUUUGUGUUGUUCCAUUGCCAGAUUUUUGUAUUUAUCCUGCACCUCCAAAACUUAAAGAUAAUGCACCUAUUCGAGAACGUAUACAAAACUUUUGGGAAACAUAUGUUUCUCCAAAGAGAUUAAGCCCUUUUGCUGAGGCGGCUUUACAUGGGCGAGUGGACAUGUUUAGUGAAGUUGCUAUGGAGGCUAUUAUUAAAUUCAAAUGUAUCUACCCUAUAUUAGUACCUGACGAUCAUGAAAAUUUAAAACUAUUUUUAUUUGGCGUCGUGAUAGCCUUUUCAAUAUUUUUUUUAAUUCAAGAAAUUCGUCAAAUGCUAGGCCGAUGGAAAAACUAUUGGAGAAGCAUAUUUAAUUAUUUGGAUUUGGCAAGUUUUAGCUUGCCAUUAGUUACUUGUUCAUUAGCAAUUAGUAAAAAUGAACCAGAUAAUUCAUUAAAAAGUUAUGCAAUUUUAGUUGUCUGGAUGAAUAUGCUUCUUCUAUCACGUGCAUUCGCUGGUCCAGGAAUGUUCAUUUCUAUAAUUUUGGAAAUCAUAAAAAGGAAUUCCAACAUGAUUUCGAACUUUUUUUUAACUUUGACAUUCAUGGUUGUUAGCUUUGCAAAUGCAUUGUUUGUACUUAUUCGAGAUAAUCAAGAUUUAACGAUCCCUCAUUUAUCUGGCAUAAUAACAAACUCAACAACCGGUCAAGAAAUUGGUCACUUAGAUCUAAGUCAACCAAUAAAUUUGUGGUGGUCAACUUUUCCUUGGGCAAUAUUUUCUACAUAUAAAUUUCUAGGUGUUGGAUGGGAAAGUGUAACUGUUUUUGACCCAGAAUGGGCAUUGCUUUUUAUGAUUUUCUUGUUUAGUUUAAUUAUUGAAGUAUUCAGCGGGUCUCUCAAAAAUGGUCGUCCGGCUUGGCAGCGUCAUCGAGCCCAGUUAAUCACCGAAAUCGAAUUAUAUUCCUUUACCCCUUCACAACGUUAUCACGCAGAAUGGUUUCCUCAUUUAAUAUACUAUGAAAGUCAUUUAGAUUCCAUUCUGGAAUGGAGACAACAAUUACAUCGAGCAGCAAUGGACGAUGUUAAUGCGGAUUUCAUAAAAAAUGAGUUGAAAGAAGUAAAAUCUGAUAUAAUUGGAGAAUUGAAAGAGUUCUUAAGUUCAAUUUCUUUCGCUCAGGUUGCUUCAUCACUAAUUGUUCUAACUUCAUUAAUU